AUGGCUGCGGUCUCCGCACCGCAUGCCCCGAGUUCCUUGACUCCCCCGAGCAGUUCUCACGGGAGAGAAAGUUCCUGGAACUAUUCUUCGUCAUCACAAACGGAGGCUUCUUCCCAGUCCAAAAUGAGCGAACACCCUGAUCGACCCCCGACGCAUAUAAAUGGCAACUCUCUCGAUCAUCCAAUCUCUCGACCAGAUCUGUCUCAAAAACGAACCGACACCACACGCUCCAAUGAAUCCGCGUAUCUUGCGCCAGCCCGAAUCAAUGCUCUCACUAGGCAGGACAGUAGUAUCAGUGAAACGGGCAGUGCUCCCGAUAGCCUGCUAGACCUGUACGGACCAAAUCGGAGUGCAAUUAAUAGUGUGGAUCUUGGAGAGAUGAAGAAUGAUGUCUAUGAUGAGGAGGAUCCGGAGCAUUCGAGAUGGAUACACAGAGAUAAACUCGCACGUAUUGAAAGCCAGGAGCUUCAAGCGGCGGGUAUUAUUCUUCCGCGAUCACGAGCGGCGAGCAAAUCCAGUCGUCGUGAACACAGUCGUGACCAACAGGGCAAUGGUCUGAGGAGUGAGCAAGGAGGACAAAAGCGUCAACGGAUUGAGUCACUCCCAGCAGAGGAGGAGGAGGGCCAGGAGAAUGCGAAUUGGGAUCUGCGGUUGCCAGAGGAGGCUGCGGAGGACCAUGCUGAACUAUUUCAGGAUGUUAGUGGAGGUAUAAAGGGCGUUUCGCGGAUACCUGUUGCCAAAACGAGUCCGAUCCCCAUCCCCAUCCAGCAUCUCGAGCGCGAUACACCGAUGCGAAGGAAACCGAGCGGGGUGUGGGGAGGGGAAGAUGACCAAAUAUCAUAUUCCAAAACCCGGGGACGAAGCGCAAGUGUCAAGCUUGAUGAUGGUGCAGCAACGCUCACCCCAGCAAAGCGUCUCGGAUCCGACAGCUCCCCUACGAAGAGAACAGUGCGGAAAGGAUCAACUGCCACAUCGCGCGCACCAUCUGCGCAGAGACCCAAACCUAGGUCAGCAUCCAACCGCGAUCCCCCAACACGACCAUCCACCCGUUCUGGGGAGUUGAAUACGACUGCGAAGCGUCCAGAAGGCGAUCCCCCGUGGCUAGCAUCGAUGUAUAAACCAGACCCCCGCCUGCCUCCGGACCAACAACUGCUCCCCACCAUCGCAAAGCGAUUACAACAAGAACAAUGGGAGAAGGAGGGAAAGUUUGGCAAUGUAUAUGAUACCUCCUUCCGACCUCUAAACGACAAUGAAUUACCUCCUCCAGAGACCGCUCCAGAAAAAGAAAAGGUUGAUACCCCAGAACAGAAACCAGAAGAAGAUAGCCCAGAAUGGCCAUUACGAGGUCCUAAGAGCCCGACUCUGAGUACGGGAAGGCCAGGGACAGCAGGCGGUUACAGCACGAUGCCUAAGAUCACCACGGCGCCUCAAGAACCUGUUCCCAGUCCCGUCGUACCAGUGAGGGUGCAGGAGCCACCCGAAGAUACGAAAAAAGGGGGAUGUGGAUGUUGUGUUGUUAUGUGA